UAUUGCCAGAACCCGCUGUUUUGAAGAACGCUAGAAAAAUAUAGGUGUAUUAUGUGGCUAUUUCUUUCCAGAAAAAAAGUGAAUCCUUCUUGUUAAGUAAUCAUUAUCAAGCAAAUACCAUGAGAAAACUGACAGCAGUGUUAUAUACAUACUGAAACUUAAAACUGGAAAUGACUAGAGCUGUGACAAUCAAACACUUGGGAGCGAGACUUUAAUAUCAAGUGAGAACAACAGUUUAACGGGCCGGCUUGCAGACAUGUAUGGCACCCAUCUCGUUAACGCUAAGCGAGUGCUGAACACCAAGCUAACCAAGUCUCAGCCCAACCCCCAGAACCUCACUCUUGCAGAACGAAUCCUCCUAAAACGCAGAGGUGGGGCGCCUCCGCCUCCCGAGAGGGACGCUGAUUCCGGAAGCGUUGAUAUAUCGCACAUAACAGACGACAAUCGCUCACCUACACCGGAACACACACAGGCAAACCGGAAGUCACCGGUGAAGAAGCAAGAAUCUAAGAAGAGCUUGUAUUCCACAUAUUCACAAGAACCCGGACCUUCAAACCGGAAGUCAGCAACACCGCCGUUACCGCCCAUUAAGACGGCCACUCCGCGACCCGAUUCCAAAAACCAAACACCUCCAAGAAGCAGAGUAGAUUCACGCCGUAGUAGAUCGGAGUCCAGAAAGACCACACCGGUCCUCCCUCCUAUUGAUUCAAGAAGCGAAUCCCGGAAGUACAGAGCUACGGCCCAGCCAUCGCGCGCAAGCGUCCGAAGUGAAGAGGGCGUACAACCGCCCGAGGACAAGCGUCAGUUUGAUCCAGACAUUGGCGUAGGACAGGAUGAUUCAAACAAUGAAGAUCGAAGGCAAAGAGUUAAUGAGCCUGAACAGAAUAAAGAAAAUGUUCAACCAAAAGAAGCCAUUGAGAGGAAAGAAGUUCCACAAAGGGAAGAACCAACGAAGGCCAAAUCUAAGACACCAGUACCUGAACAAAAGGACAAACCAAAGUCACCGGAACAACGAAAAGCGGACACACCAGUGCGAAAACAAGAUACACCGGUGAGAAAAUCACCGGAGCGUCGUAGAAGUCGGUCACCGGGAGUGACUCAGGUCGCUCCAGUAGUUGUUGCUGCAGCAGCAUCAUCACAAAGAGCGAGGUCAAGGACACGAAGUCGCUCUCGUUCAAGGUCACGCAGGAAGACACGAUCACGAAGUCGUUCAAGGUCGAAAUCUAGGUCUAGGUCGAGGUCACGUUCAAGGUCGAAGGCAAAGAAAAAAAGCACGAGGAACAGAUCAAAAUCACCAAAACGCUCGAAGCGCAAAAAGGAUCGGAAACGUAGCCGAUCGUCGUCAUACUCCUCCUAUAGUCGGUCGCCUAGGAGACGCAGACGCCACUCUGACUCCCCAAGGAGAAAUAAAAGUCGCGACCGUGGGCGAUCUCAAUCCCGAAGGGGUAGCUUUGAUUAUGACUUUGAAAGAGCUAAAUCGAUUGUGAGAGGCCUUUCUAGGAUGGACACCUUUAUGCGCCCAAAGCCAAGGUCUCCAUCAGUGGAGUAUGCUAUCGUCGGUGCAAACGGUGGAUACUGGCCGCAGGCGUUUCCACCUACGCCGAAAAAGAAGAAGAAAAUAAUCAUUGUCCAAAACGGUUUAUUGCCACCCGUUGCAAACAAGCGCCGGAGUGGAAACAGUUCAGAAUCAGACAUAAGUAUUGUUGUGCAAAGUCAGAGAGACAAGAAAAAUAAGAAGAAACGCGGUAAAAAGGGCAAAUCCAAGCGUUAUACUGAAUCUGAUGAGAGCAGUGACUCAGAUGAAGAUAGCUCGGGAAAACGAAAAGGAAAGAAAGGGAAGAAACACAAAAAUAAAAAGCAAGAUUCAGACGAAAGUGAUGAAUCUGACAGCGAAAACGAUGAAGAAUUAAACAAGAAACCUUCUAAGGAUAAGAAGAGAAAAAAGAAUAUCAGAUUUGAUUUGACAGGUGAAAAGACGAAACAGAAGACAAAUAAAACUCCCAGGGGCAAGCCGAAACCAGAAAAAGAAAAAGACGACGACGAAGAAGAAGAAAAAGAUGUCGAUGAUCUACAUAUUGAUCUUGAUCUUUCUGACGACAACCAAGAUGCUUUUGAACCAGAAAUACCAAGCGUUGCACCAACAGUCGCUAAAACUCCAAAACCGGUACAGUCAAAUGCCAGAAGCGACGUGCAAGCGCGGGCACCUUCAAAUAACAAACCGGCGAAUAACAAAAAUGCUCCGGCACCUAAUAAUAAUAAACAGAAGCCGAAUAACAACAACGACGAGGAAGAAAUGAAAAAGGCGCUCGAACAGCUGGAGAAAAGAGCAGAUUUUGAACUGGAGCAACUGAAAGGAGGUAAUCAAAGGAAACUACCACCUGAUGUAAACUUGAACAUGAAGAAGAAGAUAUUCAGUAAGGACUUUCAGAACAACAUUAAUAACUUCUUGGAGUCAUAAGAUUGUUGCUGGAUUUCAUUCCGGACGUUUGGUUGGAAUGUCAUAUGAGUGGUGGCUUCGAUUGUAAAACAUGGAUGCAAUAAUAAACUUUUUUUAUUUCAUUAUUAUUUUUGUAUAUAAUUUUCAAUGGCAUACAUCGAUAUAUGCUCUUUGUAGAAAACAAUAACCACGCUCCAAACGGAUUUUCGUGCGUUUUAAUGAGCACCAACUUCUCUAGUAAUAAUGUAAUACCAUUGAUUUUGUUUAUCCCCGUUGUUGUUGGUUUGGUGCAGUUGUUGUUUUGUUGUCUAUAAAAUUCUAGUAGGCG